UAUGAAUCAUUUGUGUUUGAUCGAUUCUAAUUUCGAAAGCCAAUUCGGUAGAUAUAGACGGUUUCACUCAAAUUGGUGAGGGAAUCAUUUUGCAUUAGCAUCUUUGUUUGAGAAUCAUGUCCGAAAGUGAGCAGUCAACAAUUCCAUCCGAUUCAAUCAUGAUUCAAUCGAAUCAAACCGAUAUGAAUCAAUCAAAUGUAAUGAAAUGUUCACCCUCUCAACAAAUUCAAAUGAAACGAUUGGAAGAAUUUUAUUGCAAAAAACAUGCCAUCAUGUGUUUAACAGCAUUUGGCAUGGUAUUAUCAGUUGCCGCUUUUAUUUAUAUCCUUAUCACAAAAGAUGAAGUGGGUAAACUAAUUCAUAAAACAAAGCCAGAAAUUUCUGCCGAAAAUGCUACGCAAGGAUGGGUGUUGAUAAUGAGCAUUCUAAUUAGCUAUACAUUUACCUAUUCUCUUAUCGGUAUGUUCGCUGCUUUUUAUGAAAGUUAUCCACUUUCAGUUACUUUUUUGAUAUUGAACCUUAUCGGUUUGGUUACUACAGCUUCUAUGGCCAGCUAUAGAACAUCUUUUGGUACAUUAUCAUCAUUAAUCAUCGAUGUGAUCUUGAUCGCCCUAACCUAUUUCUUUAUUCAAGAUUUACGUGAUUUACGUCAUUUACCUCAACCUCAUUUAUCAAGUCCAAAAUUAUUGGAAUCAACUGGAUAAAAUAAGCAAACUGUUGUUUUGAAAAAUAUGUAAUUUUCAUUUUCCUCAU